AAGCUUCGGGUGCAUGUUUCAGUGCUGGGCGGUGCAUCCGUACGCCAGUUAACUACUUUAAACGUCCUUAAAUGUGAUUUAGGUGCUUUUUUCUAUAGUAUUCGCAACCAUGUUGUCGAUAGACUUCCUCGACGAUGUCCGGCGCAUGAAUAAGCGGCAGCUCUAUUACCAGGUGCUGAACUUUGGUAUGAUUGUUUCCUCUGCCCUGAUGAUCUGGAAGGGACUGAUGGUUGUCACUGGCAGUGAGAGUCCAAUUGUUGUUGUUCUCAGUGGGAGUAUGGAGCCAGCGUUCCACAGAGGAGACCUGCUGUUUCUGACCAACCGAGUGGAGGAUCCAAUCAGAGUCGGAGAGAUUGUCGUCUUCAGGAUAGAAGGCAGGGAGAUUCCAAUAGUACACAGAGUACUAAAGAUCCAUGAAAAGGAAAAUGGAGACAUUAAGUUCUUGACCAAAGGGGACAACAACGCUGUGGACGACCGAGGACUGUACAAGCAGGGCCAACACUGGCUGGAGAAAAAAGACGUGGUGGGACGAGCUCGGGGGUUCGUGCCGUACAUCGGAAUCGUCACCAUCCUCAUGAACGAUUACCCCAAGUUCAAAUACGCUGUCCUCCUCAUGCUGGGUCUCUUUGUGUUGGUCCAUCGAGAGUGAGAUGCCAAAACUUCACGGCUCCAAAAAAGCAAAAGAUGAACGACGUCCAGGAAACCUCAGUCAUGCCUUUUUCACAACCGAAUUAAGUUAGCUAUUUGUCAAACCAUCCCCCCCCAAACUGGCUUUUGUACCAUUUUUGUUUCCACAUUUUUGUAGAAAGGUGGAUCAGGUGUUUACAUUUGAAAAAUUCAAGCUUUAAAAAAAAUAUUUUUGUGAUGGGCUACAUGGUUUUAGUUUGAAACGCGUCUCCGUCUGUGAUCCUCCCGAACGUGAAAACUGACUUGGUGGAGAUGCGUCGAUUGGUGUUUCUUUUCUUUUGAUUCAUUUGUCUUUGAAAAAGAUGUGUGAAGUAUUUUAUGAAUGAUAUUAAAUAUGAAAUCUGGUUACGUUCACUAGAUUAUUUUAAUUAUUUUUGUUUCGUGUUCUUUUGCCGCCUGUUACAUUAAAAGCCGCUGUCCACCCUGC